AUGAGAGCCCUAGAUGUCCCGUCGGAUAGCGACUCCGAUGAGGCGAUUGCGCCGGCCCUACCUGUCCAGGCUACACAAGACGGGGUGAGUGAGCAUGUCAUAGUUGAACAGGCAACUUUGCCCGUCAUCAGACUGCCCUGGGAGUCGGGAGUUUUUCAAGAGAUUUUUGCCAGGCCGUCGAUCAUAAGCGAUGACCUGCCCACCCCCACCAUGUAUGGUCAAGCUGAACUUCAACUGAGGGAGAUCUCAGCGCAACAGUCGGUCAAGCGCCAGUGCCGAGUAGUCACACCUGACAAGGCCAUUUUCUUGCAGGCAGUCAGGCGCAAACCCGACAGAGACUUCGACGAGAAGUGUGAAUACGUCUGGGGCCGAGCUGUCAAACUCUGGCUGACGCUCAUGUUAGCGUCACCUUCAGCCGGUAAGUUUGUCCAAAGUGUGUGCAGCAUGGAUGAGGAGGAAGCUCUCUCAUCUAUUAGAGAUGUAUUUGGCGUUAAGUCACCCCAUACUGCACUGAAACGAGCCACAUCUCUUGUCAGAUUCAUGAAGUGGCUGAGACCAGGAGUAGACAGUCACGAGCCGCUCAUGCCUCCGGAGCCGGUUCUUUACGCCUUCCUGAAGGAGCUGACCUGCAGGUCAACAGGGAAGCUGGCAGCUCUCGGGACGGUCCAAGCUUUGCGCCUAGCCCAGCAUGUUCUAAGAUGUCACAACUUGGAGGCGGUUCUGUCACCACGAGUGGUGGGUGCAGCAGACCGUUCUGCAGGUGAGCACUUGCCUCAAAACCAGGCUCGUGACUUGACGGUUAGUGAAGUGCGACAGGUGGAAGAGGCCAUACGCGCACAGGACGCCGACCCGAUCGACAGAUUUGCUGCAGGGGUCAUGUGCUUCCAGCUGUUCGCACGGAACCGCUGGAGUGAUGUAGCGUGCAUUGACAGCCUUUCCUUCGAUGUCACAGAAGUUGCUGGACGACCUGUCGGCUACGUAGAAGCCAGGGCACGCCAUGUCAAACAGAGCAGCCAAGCGAAGAAAAAGAAGGCGUUGUUCAUGCCGUUGGUGGCACCUAUUCAGGGAGUCAGCCCCGACUUCUCUUGGGCGCUUGAGUGGCGUCAUGCUGCUCAGUUAGCAGGCAUUGAUCUGACAAAGCGACCGCUUGGGGCACUGCUCCCGGCACCGGGACCAGAGGGGUCCUUCCUCAGACGACACAUAGACACAGCUGAGGCGUCGGACUGGCUGCAUGGACUGCUCUUGAGGAGUGAUCCCACCCGACAGCGCACCACGUCGCACUGUCUCAAGCACACGGUGCUGGGCUGGCUUAGUAGGUUUGGGAUCCACGGUGAGACGCAGACCCUGCUAGCGCACCAUAGCACAGGGCCCAUGAGCGACCUAGCUUACUCUCGGGAUGCGCUGAGUGGACCGAUUCGCCAAUUGGAACAGAUGCUCCAACAGAUACGUGAAGGGUCAUUUCUUCCUGACGCUACCAGGAGUGGCUAUUUUGUCAGGGAGACUGUUAGCGAGGCAGCUCCGUCCUGGAGCAUGGUCAGUGAGUCACCAACUCUGGCCCGUCCGAUGCCAACAACAUGGGAAGGCCCCGACCGCAUGGAGCAGGCCAGCGUCGAAGGGGAGGAGCAGCAUGGAGCAAGUCCAACAGGGACUUCCCUGUUUGGCACCAACUUCCGGAAGCGAUGGCUUCUCAUGGAGGGGACAAAGCGCAGCUUGGGACCGCAAAAAGUGAAGCCCACAGCGGAAGGUGACAUCCGAGACCACAGCCCAGAGGCGGUUGUGGAGGUGGAUGUGGCCAACGGGUCAUUUCAGCAGCCUGGAAUUACAGAAUCUGGCGAAGCACCAGAAGACGAGAAGGAUACGGUUUGCUCGGGGGCCGGCCUCGUGGCAACUGAUGUCUUAUCCCCCGUCUCCAGCUCUGACUCAGACACCGCGAGCUCCACGUCCAUGGAAGAGGAGACGUGUGACCAAGCCCUCCCCGACGGCUUUGAGGCACUGCGAAACGUCAAAUCGACAGUUGUGCACCUGCACAGGCCAGGUGCGGUGUCAGAAAUAGUGUCUGUCGAGCAAUGGCUAGCGCAGCAGACCUUCAAGGAACAUGCGGCCAGAGUAGGUAUGGCUGAGGACGUGAUAAACAAGCUAGUUGCACAAGGGAUCAAGACGGUCAGCCAGGCAGCUUAUGCAGCGUCUCCGCCAGGACAACCGUUGACAGACGCAUCGGUUGAAGCCCUCUUGACGAAGAUAGGUGCUGCCAACCCGACUCUGGCGUUGGUGACCCAGGCAAAGCGGCUCCUCUUCGAGUCGCAGACCAUGGCCUUGUCUCAUUUGAAGUCGGUCGUAGAACAGAAACCGGAAUCGAUCGCUCGGCACAUGCCUGGAGCUGAGCGCCAUCAAAGGAUGACGUGUCAGGCGACCAGGCUGGCGGGCAUUGAGAUCAAGAACGACCUAGAACCGGCUCACUCCGUGUACGAUGUCAUAGCAACGAUGGUUGAGCACAGCUCCAUCAAGUACCUGCACCCGUCGAAGAUUCCGACUCGUCAGCAGGAACUGUCCCAAACGAAAGGGACUAAGGAGCUGGCGCUUGAUACGUCAGGAGCCAGCCUCACCAUCACGGAGAAGGCUUCCUCGGCGCAAGCAAAACUGGGCACGGAAAUGGCAACCUACCGCGCCAUGCAGAGGCGUGGCUUAGCCUUCGACUUGGUAGGGAUCCUCAGCUACAAGGUCCACGAGAAGUGGUUGCAGAAGGCAUUCAGCCGGCUGCAAGACCCGGCGAUACCAGGUUACGCCCCAGUUUCCCUUGCCCAGGUCCUUAGGGCAGACAAGGCCCUCUGGCUGGUACUCGCCCAGACGAGCGUCAAACUCGAACGGGCAGCACCAAACGCGGACUUGGCGACUCCUCGAUGCCUGGACGAUGCCUUCACAAAGGCCAUGGAAGCAGCGGAAGUUAGCUUCCCGCUCCUGCCUCUGCCAGCGAAUGCGGAGGCGAUCUUUCCUGGAAAAGGCAAAGGCAAGGGUUUCGGUGGCUGGAAGCGGCAGCUUCCAUGGGACGGCAAGGCUGGUCAGCCGCAAAAACUUGCAAGAUCCGAGUUCUGGGGAAAAGGAAGGAAAGGGAAAGAGAAGGGUGGCAAGAACCAUGGCGGGGGCAAGGACCCGUGGGGUUCUAAAGAGGGUCGUCGCUGGAACCAGUGGACGCGGGAAGGCAAAGGAUCGCAGACGCCUAUGCCUUUCAAGCUGAGAGGUGGUGUGGCUGUUACACCCCAAGGCGAGCCUAUAUGCUUCGGCGCCAACCUCGGUGAAUGCCAGGACGCGCCGUUGGGAGGCAAAUGUGCUAAGGGCUGGCACGUGUGCUGCCGACCCAAUUGCUUCGGCAAGCAUGCAUUCAUUGACCACCCAGGCAAGAAGGUGCAGCAGUGGGGUCAGGGAGCCUUGCCGGUUGUCAGUGCCUCAGACAAAGCUGCAGAUUUUGAUUCAGGCAAACCUGCGAUUUUCGACUCAAUGUGUCACACUUCGGCCAACUCAAGUGCUGGAGAGGCGCCCGACUGGAACUUACACGAGGGUGUCACGAACAGUUUCUCUUCCAAGCAAUUUUCAGCUCCCAUUGAGGAGAGCUCGUUAGUUCAUAUCAACGGUUCUGCGGUGGAUAGUUUGGCAACGCCAGACAACUUGUCCGCUGAUCAGCAACCAGCCAGCGAUGCGACACACUCGCAGUGUGGGGGCCUGUCGUCGGGCGCGAAGCACAUGCAGGAGUUUUGGUGUCUGGAGCUGUUCGCGGGCUCAGCUGGGAUUACCGCCGCUAUGGUGGCAGCUGGUCUCACAAAGAGCUUCGGUGUAGAAUUCUCUCUGCGGCACGACCGCAAGGCGAAGGUGGACAAGAUCACCAGGCUUGGCCUUGGUGUGGAUGACACCCCCCCUCGGUACCAGCUCAGGGCAAGGGAGCUGCCAGGACCCCAGAACUCAGCGCUGCUUAGGGAUGCCUGGCACCCGGAAGGGGUGCCGACCCUGAAGGACGACGAGCUGCGUAAGGUUCAAGCAGCAAACCAGCUUUUCGGCUUCAGUGCGACAGUAUGGCAAUUGUGCUGCAGCCUGGGCAUCAUGUGUGUUAUACAGAACCCGAACCGCAGUUGGAUGUGGUUCAGCCAGGAAAUGGUUGGUGUCUUGAGCAUGGGAUGCACCAAGGUGCUCGAAAGCCAUGCAUGCAUGUUCGGCGCUGGACAUAAAAAGCGCAUGGCACUGGCAGUGAACACCGGCGCGUUCGAUGCGCUUGCCCGUGAAUGUGACGGGGCACACGAGCACGAGCAAUGGAAGGACGAGCACGGUAUCACUCAUGGAUCUGAGGAGACUCUGCACCCAAGCGGACUCUGCAAGGCGGCUGCCCAGUGUGCAAUAGGAGCCCUGCUCAAACAAGGUUUGUUGCCAGCGCCCCAGCAGACUGUCCAGUCAAGGAGCAGUUUGCCCUCAAUGGCUUCACUGACUGCAGGCAACCGGACCAAACGAGCAGCAGCCCAAAGGCUUGUCCCUGAAUUCAAGGCCCAGUUCAAAUCCAGGACAGCGAACUUGCUGACCAGCAAGGGGUGGCACCCAGCGACAGCUCUCUGCCGACGGCCGCAAUGGCUGCCCGCAUCUCAGGAGGUUUUGAUCAGCCCUCUGUCGGAGGACCACGAGGUCUACGUCUCUGUUCCCUGGACGUGUCAGGAGUUUUGUGCACAGGCGCGCAAGGUGGGUCACCCGAGUCAUCUUGAUUUGGGGCUUUCCGAUCCUCUCAAGCGUACCAUCGAACAGGUGGCUGCGGAGUCCCCCAGUUGCGUUAUGCAGAUUAGGGUACAACAGUGCAAGAGGUGGGCGCAGCGGGCUCAGGCAUUGGAGGCCCAGGAAAGGCUUGCCAAACAGGCCCUGCCUAAGCAUAUCCGGGACUCACUCCGCAGCAAACGCAUUCUUCUCUUUCAGGAAAUGUUGAGUGCGUCAGCAUAUCCUGAUAAAGCUAUCGGAGAGGACUUCCUGAAAGGUUUUCCCUUGACGGGGAGCCUCCCCCUACCGGAAGGCUGGGAACCGGACGUUCGCCCAGCACUCAUGACAGAUGCGGAUCUGAGUGCACUCCACUGCGACAACAAUGACAAGAUUAUACAAGAAGUCGUCCAGAACAGCAGAUUCGUUCAGGAACUAUGGGAUAAGUCCAUCCAGGAAAGAGACAAGGGAUGGUCACAAGGUCCUUACCGCUUGGCUGACCUACCCGAGGACGCGCUGAUCAGCAAGAGGUUUGGAAUCCAACAAGGCCACAAACUCAGGCCGAUCGACGACCUGAGCCAGAGCCUUAUCAACAUGGCCUUUGAAUCGCACGGGAAAGUUCAUGUUCAUGAUGCAGACGUCAUCACAGCGGCACUGCUGAUGUUUCGCCGACUGCACAAGGGCAAGGUUUUUGGCAAAACGUUGGAUCUCAAGGCGGCCUACCGCCAACUACCCCUGGAGGAGCAGGCGCUCGACAAAGCCUUCAUCGCAGUCAAGUGCCCUGAAACAGGUGAGGUAGUGUUUUUCAGGCUUCUGUGCCUGCCUUUCGGGGCCACGGCAGCUGUACACUCCUUCAUCAGAGUCUCCCUCGCCUUGUGCCACAUAGGGAACGUCCUUUUUCGACUGCCUAUGACCGCCUACUACGAUGAUUUCACUCUUUUCAGCAGCGAGGAACUUCGUAACUCCACCUCGGCCACCGUCGACAUCAUGUUUUCCCUGUUAGGUUUCGAUUUUGACCGAGACGGUGAUAAGGCACAGGACCUGCACACGACUUUCCGAGCACUUGGUGUGCAAUUUUCGUGCCUGGAGGACGAGGAUCGGACCGUUCUUGUGUCAAAUACAGAAGAAAGGCUUGAAGAUGCAGUGGAAAAGAUUCAGGACAUCAUCGAAUCGGGUUCACUCACCCCAAAGUUGUGGGCGAAAAUGCGCGGUCGUUUGGGUUUCAUGAGCGGACAAAUUGCCGGCAGACUUCCACGAGCGUUGCUGAGGGCAGUGACCGUGGCCGUGUCAACUGCAGGGACCAACCGCGGGGAAGUAGCCACGGCCCUACAGAGAGUGUUGGAGUUCUUGAAAGGUGCGCAACCAAGGCGGCUCAGACCGGCGCUACGAGACGUCAUCUUUGUUUACACUGAUGCAUCGCAAGAGGGAGUAGACAACCUUGAUAUGGGGCUUGGUGCAGUGGUCCAGGACCACGAGGGAACAAUCUUGGGGUGGUUUGGUCUGUUGCUCCCCCGUGACGUUGCUGAGGAUCUCCUGCGUGAAGGGAAGAAGUGCAUCAAUGAGUUAGAAAGUCUAACUGUAGCACUGACUGUUCGUCUUUGCGCGGCCAUACUGCUACAGCGGCACGUGGUAUUCUAUCUCGAUAACGAGGCAGCCAGAGUGACAUUGCUUCGGAUGCAAAGUGAGAAUGCCAUGCUUGAUGCGGUGGCCAAAAUCUCAGCUGUCCACGAAUCCGAACUGUCCUGCAUUCCAUGGUAUGCACGGGUACCGUCACGCAGCAACAUAGCUGAUGCGCCGAGUCGCUGUUGUUUCCUGGGUCUGCCCAGCUCCUGCAGGAUCAAGGACGACGUUACUGUGGAAGCAUUACGUGAGGUACUACGUCAGGCACAUCGCUUUGUUGCCCAGACUACUUGA